GGAGCAGAGGCAGGCGCCGGACCUGCAGCCGGGCCGAUCUGGGGCGCCAAGUGUCGUUCCGCCACAGCGGGAGGGAAAAGCCCGAUCAUGCAGAGUGUGCAGAGUCUGUCGAAGCGGUGCCUUGGCCUGGCCUUUGUGCUGCUCCACGUCCUGGGACAGGUCGCUGCGACCCAGCGCUGUCCCGCCCAGUGUCCGGUCCUCUGUCCCAAGACGCCGCCAACCUGCGCGCCCGGGGUGAGGGCCGUGCUGGACGACUGCUCCUGCUGUCUGGUGUGCGCCCGCCAGCGCGGCGACAGCUGCUCGCUGCUGGAGCCGUGCGAGGAGGGCCGCGGCCUCUUCUGCGACCGCAGAGCGGACCCCAGCUCGGGAACCGGCAUCUGCAUGGCGGUAGAAGGAGACAACUGCGUGUUUGAUGGGGUCAUUUACCAAAGUGGGGAGACCUUUCAGCCAAGCUGCAAAUACCAGUGCACCUGCAGAGAUGGGCAGAUUGGCUGCGUGCCCCGCUGCGAGGAGGACCUGCUCCUGCCCCAGCCUGACUGCCCGGCUCCCAGGAAAGUCGAAGUGCCCGGGGAGUGCUGUGAAAAGUGGAUCUGUGACUCAAACGAGAAGGGGGAGUUGGGAGGCCUUGCCCUUCCAGCCUACAGGACAGAAGCCACUCUAGGUGUUGCAGUCUCCGACUCCAGCAUCAACUGCAUUGAGCAGACCACGGAGUGGAGCGCAUGCUCCAAAAGCUGUGGCAUGGGUUUUUCCACCCGGGUCACCAACCGGAAUCCACAGUGUGAAAUGGUGAAGCAGACUCGGCUCUGCAUGGUGCGGCCCUGUGAACAAGAACACAAGCAACCAACAGAUAAGAAAGGAAAGAAGUGUCUCCGUACCAUGAAGUCAGUCAAAGCCAUCCACCUGCAGUUCAAGAACUGCACCAGCCUGCACACCUACAAGCCCAGAUACUGUGGGGUCUGCAGUGAUGGCCGGUGCUGCACCCCCCACAACACCAAAACCAUCCAGGUAGAGUUCCAGUGCUCCCCAGGGCAAAUCAUCAAGAAACCAGUGAUGGCCAUCGGGACCUGCACCUGUCACAGCAACUGUCCUCAUAACCAUGAGGCCUUCCUCCAAGAGUUGAAGCCAAACACCAGCAGAGGGGAAAUGUAAGAUGUGUUCCGUGAGGAGCAUACCUACAGAGGCAAAUUGUAGCUACCCACCAUCAAACGAAUAUCAGAAAAAUUAGGAAGAAUUAUUACUUUACCCCUGAGUCCUGUGUAUUGCCUGUGGUCAUAUGAGGUUAGUUAUAUUUGUCUUUUCUUUUUUUUUUUAAUGAAAGAUCUGAUUAACUGUAAACUUGAAAUCAAGUUCAGCUCAGGAUAGUACUUAGGGAUGACUUACUUUUCUGUGGUAUUGACUACAGAUGAAAAUUUCUAUAAAUUUAAGAAAUCAGAUACAUGUUCUUACUGUGUAGAUGGUCACAUUACACUCAUCUUACUUUGUAUACACUUGUGCAAUAUCAAGAAAAUGUCACUGUCAGGAGUGUCACAGUGAAGUUCAAUAUCAUACUGAACACGCUGUCAUACAAAUAUCUUGGCAUAGAUCUUUGACUUGACAGGUCUCUAUGGAGCUCUCUUUUUGAGCAGCUCAACUCUGAACUUCCAUGUUCAAGAUCUGAGGAAACAUGUAGCUGUUCAAUUUGAAAUCCAGAGACUGUUAGUCUCCUGUUUUUUUGCACACUAGGAAGCAAGCUGUAUCUACAGGAAUGGAAUGUUUGUUAGUUAAGUGGACUGGUGUGAUAAACUUGUUCCAUUUCAGAUGAGUUGACUCCUUUCCAAAGAAAGAAGCUAAACAGAAACCUCCCCCUAAUGCAGAGAAGACAGGGCCACUCAACCCUUACAUUUCCGUAUGCCGGAGGUCCUGGCGCUCACCACUUUCUCCUUCAGAAAAAGCAGAACAUAUCAGCAGAGAUUUUCUCAUCUUACUGAUGAGUAGACUGGGACCCUUUGAUGACUUUCAAAUGUACUGGUAGUAGAUUUUGAAAAAGAAGAGAAAAUCAAUGUGACUGUGGUGGUAAAAUGCCAUAAAUUUCAUGGGAGCUCAGAAUUAUUGUCAACAUGCCCAAAACUUGUCCUUGGGCUCUAAUUAUGCAAAUUCACGAACAAGAUAUAUGUGUAUACAUACAUGUAUCUAAUUUGUCAAGUUAUAAGAUAGGCUGCAAAUUUAAAGGUAUGCAUUCUUUUCAUGUCACCAUGUGUGUUCAGCUUUUCUCUUUUAAACUAUUUAUAUAUAAAUUAUACAUUUUUAAAAUAUUCUUUUUACUUUCUCUAUUUGACAGACAUCACUAAAUAAACACGAUUUUAUCAA